AUCACUUCCCCGAUGCUUCUAUUCCUUUGAAUGGCAUUCCAAGGGAGCUGAUGGAAGCAAUGAUUCAUGAGGACAUGGACUCGGACUUACCCUCGAGUCAAAAUUUUGGGACAUUCUCUACAAUAAAAUUAGAUCCAGCGAUAUUCAGGCUUGUCCUUCAAAACGGUCUUCGGAAUCAGGCAUGUGUGGAAGAGUACCCAUCUAUAGCCAGGACUUUCUUCAGGUUCCAGCAGCGGUGUAUCUCGAUUCUGGCCAACAUGUGGAGUGCACCCUCAGUCGACUCUGUGUUUGGGACUGCCACAACUAGUUCGAGCGAGGCGGUACUCCUUGCCGGCUUGGCUUUCAAGCAUCGCUGGCAGCUCAGACACCAUGAUCAGCCCCAGUCUCAUAUGAACGUCAUCAUUGGUGAAAAAGCACAUAUUUGUGUCAAGAAAUUUGCCGAUUAUUUUGAUGUAAAGGCUAGAUUUGUUCCCGCCAAUGAACAAUCUCGAUUCAUUUUCGACGUUGAUCUACUCAAGGAGAAACUCGAUGAGAAUACAAUUGGUGUGUUUCUUACUCUCGGAAGUACUUACACUGGCCACUACGAUCCCAUCGAGGCGGCCUCCAAGAUUCUCGAUGAAUUCGAGCUUCAAACAGGCCACAGCAUCCCGAUUCGUGCCGAUGCUGCAAGUGGAGGCUUUAUAGCCCCCUUUACAGCCAUCAAUCGGAGCUUUGUAUGGGACUUCCAUCUACGCCGAGUGGCCUCCAUCAAUACCUCUGGACACAAGUUUGGCCUGACACCACUAGGUGUUGGCUGGCUGGUUUGGAGAGAUAAGUCUAACGUCCCAGAUAAUCUACUACUUGUGUCGUCGUAUCUCCGAGGCACACAGACUGCCUUUACACUGAGUUUCUCAAGGUCCGCCAUACCCGUCACUGCUCAGUACUUCAAUUUCUACAGUAAGGGAAUCCAUGGAUACCGAGCACAUGUCAACGAAUCUUUGAACAAAGCACAAGUCCUCAGCGAACAGUUGGAACAUUCUGGCUAUUUCGCUUGUCUGAGCGACAUACAUGGCCAACCUAGUCGGCACAACACUAUGUGCAAGUUACAUUGCACUGACUCUGAGUCAUUGAACAUCCCUGGACUUCCGAUCGUCGUGUUCAGAUUAUGUUCUGAUGUCAAAAAGAACCUUCCGGAGUUGACGCUCUCUGAUAUCAGUGAUGUCUUGCGUACUGUGGAAAUCUCGAUCCCAAUCUCAGGCUGGGGACUCAACGAAGAGGAUAUUGAAGUCAUGAGAAUU